AACAGAAGAGCCCAGCGUAGUAGUGUGAGGGAAGCUGUCAGUGUGCCAGGAAUAUCUAAAGUCAUUCUCACCACAAUAACACGCGGUUUUGAAACGAAUAUUUACACACCUAGGGUAACUUUAACAGCGCGCUAUGGCAGAGAAGAUGGACAUGGAGGGAGGGAAGGCAACCAACGGAGAGGCGCACCUCGACGAGCCGCUGGCGAACGGCACCAACAGCCCCAAGCAGGGCAACCAAGUGCCGCUGUCCGAGCGGGUCAAGAAGAUAGUGAUGGCGAACCUGCUGGUUAUUCUCACAGUAGCCGGUGUUAUCAUCGGUGUUUUUAUUGGACUUGCCGUGCGUAACGCGGAACUUACCAGGACCCAGGUCAUCUACAUCGGUUUCCCUGGCGAGCUGCUUAUCCGGCUAUUGAAGAUGAUCAUUAUCCCUCUGGUUGUGUGCAGUCUGGUAUCCGGGGCGGCCAGCAUCGACCCCAAAGCCCUGGGCAAACUUGGUGGCUGGGCCAUGCUGUUUUUCCUCGUCACCACUUUAAUUGCGUCCUCCAUCGGGGUUAUAAUGGCUUACAUCCUGACGCCAGGUUCUGGAUCCAUAGCCAAACCAAAGGUGCAGGGCUUGGAUGACGAUGUGCCUGCUGCUAAAGAAGUGAUAGACUCAUUCUUGGACUUGAUCAGGAACAUAUUUCCCUCCAACCUGGUGUCUGCUGCUUUUCAGUCAUAUGCAACCAGCUACAAGCUGGUAACCAAGAAUGGCACAGAUGGAAAUCCCAACAUCACAGUGGAGAAGGUGCCCUUUGGAACAGACCAGGAUGGCAUGAAUAUUCUCGGUCUGGUGGUGUUUGCCAUUGUGUUUGGUGUUGCUUUAAGGAAGCUGGGAGAGGAAGGAGAGAUCCUCAUCAAGUUUUUCAACUCCUUUAACGAGGCCACCAUGGUGCUGGUCUCCUGGAUCAUGUGGUAUGCCCCUCUUGGUAUUAUGUUCCUUGUAGCUGGCAAGAUCGUUGAGAUGGAGGAUGUUGGUACACUAUUUGCCAGUCUUGGAAAAUAUAUAGCUUGCUGCAUCAUCGGCCAUGCCAUCCAUGGCCUUCUCGUGCUGCCUGGCAUUUACUUCAUCAUUACAAGGAAGAAUCCGUACACCUUCCUCUGGGGGAUAUUCACAGCUCUGGCAACAGCCUUCGGUACAAGCUCCAGCUCUGCCACUCUGCCCCUGAUGAUGAAGUGUGUGGAGGAAAAUAACGGCGUAUCCAAGCACAUCAGCCGUUUCAUCCUGCCUAUUGGAGCCACAGUCAACAUGGACGGAGCUGCUCUCUUCCAGUGCGUGGCUGCAGUUUUCAUUGCUCAGCUGAACAACUAUCCCCUGAACUUCAUCCAAAUCAUUACCAUCCUUGUGACAGCUACAGCGUCCAGUGUCGGAGCAGCAGGUAUACCUGCUGGUGGUGUGUUGACCCUCGCCAUCAUCCUGGAGGCAGUAGGACUGCCAACCAAUGACAUCUCUCUUAUCUUGGCUGUUGACUGGCUUGUUGACCGUACCUGCACAAUACUGAAUGUAGAGGGCGACGCCUUUGGAGCUGGGCUCUUGCAGCACUUUGUGGACCGCACAUCCAAACGAGAAGAUGGAGCAGAGCUGAGUGAGGUCAGGCUAGAGGGCGAGCCAGCACUUCCGGCUCCGGAGUACUCACCACUCAUUGAGAAACAGGAUGGGAGGGACAGUGCAGAAGCAGUAAAGAGGGCUCAUUCCAAUGAAAAGGAGUCUGUCAUGUAAUCCAGCUGCUGAAUCAUCAAUGAUGUUGACACUCUUGCAAAACUGAAAACUUAACGUCAGAUACUAUUUACAGUUUUUUUUUUCUAUCUAUUUGCGUCAGAAAAACAAAGUUUUCAUAUUCUCUAUCUGGAAUCCAAUAGCUUUUUAAAAAAAUGUUUGUUAUUGUAACCUUUUUUUAAAAUUUUCAUUUUUCAGGUUUCGGUCUUCCCAUACAGGAAAAGGAUCAUUUUUGUUGUGAAAUGUAUCAUCACAUGCUCAGUACGAACAUACCUAUAUUUGAUUUGUCAAAUGUAAAGGAAAAAGCACAAACACUUGUUCUUUUUACAAUUCUAGGGCGGUUAUGGCUUUUAUUAGUCUUUUAGUGUGUCUGUAGUUUUUCUUUGCCAAUAGCUGUGUAUGAUGCCUUCCUCCUGGUGAGAAAAAGCAAUAGUGCACAAAUUUAAUAAUAUCCUCAGUAGCACACUAAAGAAACGAUAUCCUUCUCACUGACGUCCCAGAGCUAAAUGAAGGAACUUUUUUCUCUAGGACUAAAAGACAUGCAUAGGUACAGAUCGACCUCUGAACAUUUCUGCCUCAUCUGAUGGACAUCAGUGCGAUGGCGGGCAACACAACCUCAGGUUUAAAUAUGGCUUGAAGACUGUCCUUUAACUGUUCCUAAAUAUAUUCUGAGACCAAAAAUCACACGACUCGGCAAACAGGAAGGAGAACUCCUGAUAACACUGAAUGACAAAUGUAAUGUUUUUUUAAAGCAGUCUGUAAGAAGAAGGACGAUUUGUUUGAUGUUGUGUAAAGUGUUGUGUGACUCGAUGUGAUGUGUAAGUACCAAAAGUCCUUCCACAACAGGGGUAACUGGACACCAGCAGUAGAUUGUUUAUUCACUUUUAGGCCUGAACAACUUGAGCUAAAGUAAGCUUGUCUCCAUUUAAACCUUUAUGUUUCAGCUUUGACGACUGUAAACAUGAAAUGCUAGUUAUAAACACACUAGCCCUCCUUGUAU